AUGGCGUCCAAAAAUACCGUUCUACCUCUGCUGAGGCGUGAACUACGAUCCUCUCGGUUCCCACGCUCUUCGAUCUCCAUCACUACCCCGGCUCGUCAGCCAGCACAAUCCAGAGCCUUCGGCACACGGCUCGCGCGGCCUGCGCUCUUCAAUGCGCCAACCCAGACUCGUGCAUUCUCGCAAUCGCUAUCAAAACGCUUCACAGACGAAAAUGGGGACUUCGACCCGCGCGCAUUGGAGCGGGAAUCCGAUGAUGUCGAUGUCUGCAUCGUGGGUGGCGGUCCCGCCGGUCUUGCCGCCGCCAUUCGCCUGAAGCAGCUGGCCAACGAGGCCGGCAACGAGGAGUUCCGGGUCAUUCUGCUCGAGAAGGCCGGUGAAUUGGGUGCCCAUAUCGUGUCCGGCAAUGUUCUCCAACCAACCGCUCUCAACGAGCUUCUCCCGGACUGGCUGUCCGAAGAUAACCCCUCGCGCUUCGAGGGAGCGACGCCGGCCAAGGGCGACAAGAUGCGUUUCUUGACCAAGAAUGGCUCAUAUCCGCUUCCCACCCCGCCGCAAAUGCACAAUGAAGGAAAUUACAUCAUCAGUCUGAACGAGCUGACCAAGUGGAUGGGAGAGCGCGCGGAGGAAGUCGGCGUAGAGGUUUACCCCGGAUUCGCUGCCAGCGAGAUGGUGUACAGCUCGGAUGGUGCGGUCAAGGGUGUUGCGACCAACGACCUGGGCCUCGGCCGGGAUGGUAAGCCCAAGGAGACCUUUGAGAGAGGUAUGGAGUUCCAUGCCCGUGUCACACUCCUCGCCGAGGGCUGCCACGGCAGCUUGACCAAGCAGGUGUCGAAGAAGUUCGAUCUCCGACGCGACAGCCAACCUCAGACCUACGGUCUUGGAAUUAAGGAAAUCUGGGAGAUCCAGCCCGAGAAGUUCCGCUCGGGCGAGAUCACUCACUCCAUGGGAUACCCUCUUCCCAAGGACACAUACGGUGGCGCUUGGAUGUACCACUUUGGCGAUAACAUGGUCAGCAUUGGUCUGGUGGUGGGCUUGGAUUACCCCAACCCGUGGCUGUCACCUUAUGGGGAGUUCCAGAAGAUGAAGCACCACCCCAUGUUCAAGGACGUGCUGGAAGGUGGUAAAUGCAUCUCCUACGGUGCGCGAGCCCUGAACGAGGGUGGUUUCCAAUCCAUCCCCAAGUGCGCCUUCCCCGGUGGUGCUUUGAUUGGUGACACCGCUGGUUUCUUGAACGUCCCCAAGAUCAAGGGUACGCACACUGCCAUGAAGUCCGGCAUGCUGGCCGCCGAGGCGACCUUCUCCGCGCUCCAGAGUGAAAAUGACGGCACGGUCUUCCUCUUCGACUACGAGAAGUCCCUGCGGGACUCCUCCAUCUGGAAGGAGUUGUCCGAGGUCCGCAACAUCCGCCCCUCCUUCAAUUCUCCCUUCGGGUUCUUCGGUGGACUCCUCUACUCCGGCCUCGAGGCCUAUCUGUUCAAGGGCCGCGUGCCUUGGACGCUGAGCCACCACGGCACCGACGCCGCGGCCACCAAGCCGGCCUCCGAAUACGAAAAGAUCGAUUACCCCAAGCCCGAUGGCGAGAUCAGCUUCGAUAUUUUGACCAGUGUCAGCCGCACGGGCACCAAUCACGAAGAAGACCAACCGGUUCACCUGCAGGUCGAGGACUGGGAUAAGCACAAGGACCUCGCCUGGCCUGCAUACCAGGGCGUGGAAAACCGGUUCUGCCCCGCGGGCGUCUACGAGUACGUGGAGGACCCCAGCAAGGAGCACGGAGUCCGAUUCCAGAUCAAUUCUCAGAACUGCAUUCACUGCAAGACCUGUGACAUCAAGGUGCCGACGCAAGAUAUCAACUGGCAGACGCCGCAGGGUGGAGAAGGGCCCAAGUACAUGAUGACCUGA